AUGACUGUACACAUCUUCUCACACUUGCCUGAGUUCGCCUCCUACCUGCUAAUCACCCUUGGGGCCACCUCCUCCCGUGGUGCCCAGGACGUCAAGAAGAUUCUAGACAGCGUGGGCAUAGACCAACUCAACAAGGCCAUCAGUGAGCUGAAUGAAAGACACAUUGACGAGGUCAGGGCCCAGGAGGUUGGGAAGCUGGCCGGUGGGGCUGCUGGUGGGGCUGCGGCUGACUUCUGCUCCCUCUGCCGACGCAGCUCCUCCAGCGGCUCUGCCCUGCUGCAAGCGGAGGCGAAGAAAAACAAGAAGGAAGAGGAGUCUGAGGAGUCAGACGAGGACAUGGCAUUUGGCUGGUUUAAUGACAUUCCUGCUCCUGUGCAAAUAAGGCCUUUUAAUAUAGCCUGA